CACACACUUCUCUCUGUGUCCCUGAAGUGCUGGAGAUGGGACCUCCAUCCCCACCCACGGGUGGAUUCUGUAGACGGAAAACUGGCAAUGUGUGCAUGUUUGUACUGGGGAAACAUGCGCAUGGGUGUACCGGGCAUCUGGAAUCUCCAGCAGCAGCACGGUUGAUAUGCAGCUGAAAUGGUGGUUGUUGAGAGAACAAACUGGCCUCAGUUUCACGGUGCUGCCAAGGAUGACUUCUGAUCCUUCUGCCUCCGUCUCGUCAGCGCUGGGUUGACCACACCUGGUUUAUAUGCUGAGGACUGAAUGCAGGGCUUCGUUCAUGCUGGGCAAGUGUCCUGACUACAGCCCUUGCAUGGUCUCAGGACUUCAGGCUUGUUUGUCUCUGCUCCUUCAUGGGGCUGUACUCUGCUGCAUGGGUGCUGAGUGUGCUCCCAAGUGCUGGGAGGGAGCAGGGCCAGGUGCCCUCAUUUUUCCUAUCUUUAAAGAUUGGUUAACUGCUUCCAGUUGGUUCUGUCUUUGAAGGUUUUCCUGUUGCUGGUGACCGGAAGAACUUGCUAGCAAGUGAAGAUGCUGGGCCAUUCAGGAGGUUUGUCUGUGCUUUGCAGGCCUCCUUGGCACCCCUUCCUGUUCAUGUCUAGUAUUCCAUUUUUCUGAAAGUGGACUUGGUGGGUUGGAGGGUGCUGGUUUGGUGUCUGGUAACCUGUGCGCACCUCACCUUUCCCCGCAUCUUCCCAGGGAUGACUACUUCUCAUUUGUUUAGACUAUGGGAGCCAGCAUCUCAGCUCGGCAGCUCGCUCUCCGGCUCUGCCUGCUAGCUACACGUGUUCUUCUGUGACUGUGACUGUCUGGCACACUCCUGUCUUCUGAAGACUUUCAAAUAGUACGGUGUUUGUAGAGGAAAGGUCUUUCAGGCUGGACUGAUAGCCCGGUCAGUGAGGCAAUGCAGACUUGAUUGAGUUCUUCCAUGCCCAGAACCACAAGAAAAAGCUGGUUGGGGCCACACACUGUCACCCCAGUGCUGGGGAGGCAGAUCCCUGGGGCUCCCUGGCCAGUCAGCACAGCCCACUUGGCGUGAGUUUCAAGCCAGUGAGGCAGACACUGUUUUUUAAAAAUCAAUGACAGCAGCAAAAAAACAAAACAAAACAAAAAACGAACCCAAGGUGGAUGGCCCGUGAUAAAGGACACCGGACGCUGACCUCUGUGCUGUCUCCCACGCCCCUCCCCAACACACAGGGUUUUUCUUUGGAAGUGGUUGGAUCACUCACUAUAUCUUUUUCUUUAGUAGGAAAGCCUUCUAAAAGCGCUCUAGAAAGGACUGAACUGUAUUGGAUAACACUCAUAACACGUGGCUAGGACGGGGCAGUGGUAACUGCUCAGUACAUGUACAUUAUGAACCAUUAUGGACGUCACUGGUCUGUUUAGCUAGGCUCUUUCUGAUAGUCUCCUGCAUUAGAGACAGUGGGAGCUGGAGGGGUUUAGCCCUGGGUGGAGAGGUGGGGUGUGACUAUGGAGCACAGCGGAGCGGCUGACCGGGGCUCCUCAGUGUAGAAGAGGGUAGUUCUGCCUCCCGAGGCCUCCCUAGCUGUCUCCCACUGCUCUUUCCCUUCCAGGACCGAUCCUGCAGAGCUGGGCCAGGAGCGUGUGUUACUAGUGUCUUGUUGGGUGCUCUUAGUAAACUCUGAAAUCCAAAAUGAAAUUGUUUUUAUUUAACCAUUUUACCAGAUGUUCCCUGGGUCUUGAUGGAUGCAGCAUUUACUAGAAAGUUACAUCCUGAGAUGCGGUGUUAUGGACACGGUUGCUAUAGACAGUGACAGUUGGUAGGACUGGAAGACAGCCUUUGCAUCUUCUUUCUUUUUUUAAAUGUGUUUUCCUCCCACAAGAAGUGCUCUUUCAUUGGGGUGCUUUCAUCUUCUGGGCUACAGGUCUGGCUUAUGAAGGCUUGCUUGAUAUAACUGCAGUUCUGUUGCCGUGUGAAAGCAGCCAGCAGGCCCGUGCACAUUGCAAGCGUGGAUCUAAAGGAACCAGGCAGGCCCUUGACUCCCCUGGUCACUGAGGCUGCUGGCCUGGGAUAAGGUUCAUAAAUUUGCAGAUCCGACCAGAUGAUGUGUCCACCCGGGCUAGCUGUGUCCUGCUGGCCUUCAGCACUUCUAACAACAGCCUCUCAAGUGGGGUCUGUGAGGAGGGCAAGAGGACCAGAGAACCCACAGAAGCUGAACUGCAGGCCUGUCCCCUCCCUCCUGCCUCGCCCCUUCCUGCCAGCAUUUCCUUUGGCCAAGUUGUGGAGUUUGCUAAAAGCCUGGUGUUAUGGAAGGUAGGCAAACAAAGAAAGAGGAAGUGGCUUGCUGUAAUUCUGACAGCAGAUCUGUUUUCUCUGAAAAUGGAACUGCAGCGAUGCAUGCAACGUUCUUGGCAGGCGGCACUCUGUAAAUAACGCCUCCCAGGAGUUCCCAGCCUCUCCCAGGCCCGCAGGAAGCUUCCCCUGCAGCGCGGGGCAGGCGGCCCCGCACCUCACACCCUCCUCCGGGGGACUCUUAUUCUGACGGGGCGCGCGCCCGCCGUUCCUGCCAAGUUUGUGAGGCCCCAGGCUUUCUUGUGGGAGGACGCUGGGCUGUCUUCAUGCUCCUUGGCAAUGAUUAAAGUGAGGAAUAAGACUGUCAACGGAGACUGCCGCGGCAGAGAUCCGAGGGACCGGAGCCGCAGUCCCAUUGAGCGGGCUGCAGCCCCCGCUGUGAGCUUGCAUGGCGGCCACCUGUAUGCAUCCCUCCCUGGCCUCAUGGAGCAGCCUCUUGCACUGACGAAGAACAGCGGUGACACGGGCAGGUCGGCUGUGGAGCGGCAGCAGAACCGGCCCUCCGUGAUCACCUGCGCGUCGGCAGGCGCCCGCAACUGCAACCUCUCUCACUGCCCCAUUGCACACAGUGGCUGUUCGGCACCCGGGUCUGCCAGCUACCGGAGACCGCCCAGUGCAACUGCCACCUGUGAUCCUGUGGUGGAAGAGCACUUCCGCCGGAGCCUGGGCAAGAACUACAAGGAACCAGAGCCGGCACCCAACUCGGUGUCCAUCACCGGCUCUGUGGACGACCACUUUGCCAAAGCACUAGGUGACACAUGGCUUCAGAUCAAAGCGGCCAAGGACAGCGCUUCCAGCAGCCCAGAGUCGGCCUCACGCCGGGGCCAGCCAGCUAGCCCCACUGCCCACAUGGUCAGCCAUAGUCAUUCCCCCUCUGUGGUCUCCUGAAGGGGGCUCUACCCUCCAGCCACACAGGGAUCUGCAUGGUUUGCCUGAGCUUUCAACAGUCAGUGCUUAAGGGGGAAAAACGAAACAAAAAACAAAAAACAGAAAAAAAAAUCUCGGGGGGAGGGUGGGAGGGUGGUUUAUUCGCAAAACCAUGUUGUCUGGACUUUUGUUCUGCUCUGUUUUUGUACUUGCUUGGUGUUCAUACAAGGGGUCUCAAUAUGGCAACAGGAACAGCACGGAGCAUCGGUCCAGCGGAGCAUCCUUGCUUCCUGCCCUGGUUACCAAAGAAACCUCUGCAGGUCUGCCACCUGGCAGCCGGGACCCUGCGGCCCUUUCUUAGUCACAAGCCAUGAAGACAUGGGGAUCCGGACGCUUUGUGCUCCUAGCUUUUGAGACGGAGCAUGCACCGCUUGGCUUCCACCUGGGGUCCUGGCUCAGUCUGUGUGUGCAUGUGUCUGCCUGGAAAGAACUGUCCCGAUUUGCACUAUGGAGGGCAGGGCUGCCUACUGGGCAGCUGUCUGAGAUGCCAGCACGAGGGCAGACUGCUAGGGGACACUUCUGACCAUGUGUGUGCUUGCAUUGUCGCUGAACUUGGAAGGUCUCUAGCAGGUUCUAGGUCUUUCUCUCUAGUCUUGAGGUGCUCACAAAUGGACUGCAGACUCCCCCCGACUAUGGGCAUUUACCUUCUCUGAACACUGCAGUUCGUGAGGCUAGUGUUGAGGCUAGAGGACUCGUAGUGCUUCUGACAUGGUGCCUGUCUUAAUAAUAGCUGGUUUCUAUUGACUGUAAGUCAGACUGUAGCACUGACUGGCUUCUUGUUGGCGGCAUUAGCCUGUGUCGUCAGCUACAGCCCUAGAUACAUUCACUGCUGGUACAGCUGUGCUUCUGAGAUGUGAGGUCGACGCUCACAUGACUCGGAGAAGGAGCGCACAGCCGGUGGGUGUGGUAGGCUGGGGAGCCCAUUGCUGCUGAUUUUGUGCAUCCUGGGCUGGAGACUUGAGUUCGUGUCUUCAGGCUCCUUGAUGCAGACUGCUCCUUUCCAACUCCUGGCCAAACAGCAGGUGCCUAACAGUCUGCACCCUGGGGCUGCGUGCGCUUCCUCUCAUGCCGGGGCCAAGGCUGUACACAUUCCUCUAUGAUAACUAUACAGCUAUUCCUGCAUCACUAUUGCCCGCUCUAUUAAUAGCUACUAACUAGACAUUAGAAGCAAGCAGGACAGACAUGGCUGGGGCUGCCCCACAGCUGCUGCUCCUCCGGCCGUGAGCAUUUCUGUCCCCUGGCCAGGACCACCUCCCCAACAAGGCAUGAUGGACUCCUUGCACAUGGGAGCCCAUGGGGCUGACUUUCAGUAGGAGGAAAGCAGGUUAGCUGUUGAACUUGGGGAAACAGGCAAGGGUGGAAAGGUGGGGACUGACGCCCGUAGUCACAGGGUGGCUACCGGCCUUUACAAAAGUGGACAGCCCUCCUGCCCCGCACACAGUUCACUCCACUCUCCUGGGCUUCCAAGCUUGGCAUUCAGGCCCCUAUAUUUUCUGUAGGAAAAAAAGAAUUGUUGAGAACACUUUUUUUAUAUAGGUAAUUUUAAAGACCAUCAUUACGCUGUGCGUAAAGAAUGUACAGAGAAAUUUGUAGGUAUUUUUGAAGAACAAUUAAUUUGUUAAUGAUAUGUAGCUAUUUAAUUUUCCCCUUUCCUAUCGUAAUCAUUUGUUGUUGUUGUUUGGGAAAAAAAGUUGAUCUUUUUUUGUCGUAGGUGUGUCUGUAAUCGUGCAGGUCCACAGUUACUCCAUGACAACACUGCGUCCGCAUUACUAGCCAUUCGUUUGUUAUUCUGCAGGCUACUGAGGUGGUCACAGGAGAACCACCACACCGCGGACUGGCUCUGUGGGCGACAGGCCUCAGACACCCGUCAGGGAGCGGGCUGUUGCUGGGGGGGCGGGGGGGGGGGGGCUGGGUCUCUGGUGCACUGACCUAUCUGGAAUAGGCUGUGCCCUGGAGGGGACUUCCACACACGUCAGCCAAGGAGUGCGCCAUCCUGCCUGGGCAGGAGCGUGUGACCUCCCCGGAACCGAGCCACCCAUGUGCGAACUGACCCUCUCCGUGUUUGUAAAUCUGUAAAAUACCAUUCUCUGUGGCCUGUUUUCCUGGAAGAAGAAAAAAAAAAGGGUUGGCAGGCCAUCUUUCUUUUUUUUUUUUUUUGUUUUUUUGUACUUAAAAGUAGCCUUAAGAACAAUAAUAAAGUGCUCUUAAACCAA